AUGUCCAAUCCACGCCCUUCGAAAAGGCAGCGUAUCUAUCGUGCUUGUGACCAGUGCCGGCGUCGCAAGUCCAAGUGUGAUGGAGAGCAACCUGUAUGCAAGAUCUGCCACUCGGCUAAUCGGGCGUGUACCUAUGAGAGCGGCGGUGGACGCCGAGGCCUUCAAUCCGGAUAUGUGCGUAGCCUGGAGAUUGUUUUAGGUCUUGCUUUCCGGCACAUACCGAACAGUGAGGGCACAAUCCGUCGUCUUCUGCGAGAGUCUCGAGCCAAAGACAACUUCUUGGCCAGCGACCUAGCCCGCCAGUCGCUUUUAAUUUGGCAAAAAUCGAAGUUAUCUCGUGAAGUUUCUCAUUUAUUGACGUCUGGAUCUGGUGAUAAUGAUCAUGAUGACUCGGACUGGGAGGCAAUCGAGACGCGCAAUUUAGACGAAAGCAUGGACGACCAGAUUGCCACUGCAUCAAUGUCUGUGAACAAUGACAUGAUGGUUCUUUCAAAUCCGCCACAGCCAUCCAAUAAACCCCAGGGAUUGGGAGAUCUUCCGGUUCCAGAUAUUACACCGGAUCUUCUUGAAUUCUAUUUUACCUAUACUCAUUGCUGGUUUCCAAUUCUUGAACGCCGUAACUUACUUCGAGCUAUGCAUAUCAGCUCAGAUCAAUUGCAGACUAGUGAGGAAUUAUCUAGCCGCAUAUUGCUUUGGGCAGUUAUUUCAUAUGUCUUUGCCAUGGAAGGCAAAAGUGAUCCUACGUUACCAACCCCUUCAGAGAUUCAGAUUGCCAUUCUACAGCAAAUAUCGACUGAAUGGAAAUCCUGCAAUCUCAAUCAUGUUCAUACGAUUCUGAUCUUUGUCUUGACACACAUAUCGGCUGGAAAUUUUUCACGGGCAUGGACACUCGUUGCCCAAGCUACUCGAACCUUGAUGGUGCUUCCAUUGUCUAAUCGAAAAGGCCGUUUUCUCCACACCUUUCACGGCUGCGUCUUCCUUGAUAACAUUCUCUCGGCGCUCCUUGGCAAAACGCCUUGUAUAUCAUCAGAAGAGCAAUCUCAGGAAGGACUGGUUGAAGAAGAUGAUGUCGAUGAAUGGGAUGUAUGGUCUCAACCUCGUUCCCGUACUCUCGAUGGGGAACGAAUACAAGCCACUCCGCUCCGUGCCCUGAGUAGCUUCAAUCUUGUCCGACAGCUUAUGCAAUAUCUGUCUCAGAUAUCCUAUCAAUCUCUGGAACAUAAUUCCAUCGAUGAUAUCCUUGAGGCAUUACAUGAAAAACAGGCAGCUGUUCUUCGAAGCCGACCAUACAACAAACUCACUCCCAUGAAUCCUCCGCUUCUGAUUCUACAUCUCACUUCCUCGUUCACAACUCUAUCACUCAUUCGCAAGUUUGAGUCAGUAUCAGCUGCAGUUGCAAAUCUCUGCAUCCGGACAAUCCACCAUAUGCUCGAGAUCUUGGAACUUUAUUUGGACAUGGCUGAAGCAGAUGGCAUCUCUCCGUUAGUUCAUUGCUUUGCAGUCCAAUGUCUCCAGUGUCUCGGCGCCAACAAUUCCUUAAUCUCUUUAGAAAAGGGCAAUAUCGAAAGAAAAGUCGCCAGGUUUAUGCAAAUUUUUGAAACAAAGCAUUCAUACCAUUGGAAAGAGCAAUCCGAGAUUAUAUGGAACGAAUAUUCGAAAUCUCAGAGUCAACCGUCUUUGCCCCUAGCUGUUCAACAACCCGGCAGUGAAACCUCAGUUGCUAUGAAUGAAGAAAGCUCUAGCCUGAAUAUCUAUUCAACCCUGCCAUCUCACUCUGGAGGGUCUAUCAUGACCUUGCCAGACCUUCCCAGGUCCAGCGAGGACAUAAAUUCUACAUCACUCAUCGGUCAAGAAGCAUAUGAUGCACUAUUUGAAGAGAUGGUCACAUCAUUUCCUUCCACCGGACAAGAACCAUUGUUUGCACACAAUUUAGGUUUCUAUGAUGGAGACCUGGACACUGAUUUUUUGGCUCAAUUGCAGCAGCCGCCCGCAAUUUAA